AUCUGAAACAACUGCGAAGCACUGUUGGUCACGUGUAUGAAAAAUGGAAAAGUGUAAAGACAGCGUGCCACAGCCAGAAAAGAACGGAGCAGCACCAACUGACAAAACCUCGUCAGGGUAUCCAGCACAAGCUGGACAUCCGUAUGGUGGGGUACCAGCUGGAAACGUCACUGCAGGAUAUCCUGCACAGCCUGCAGGCGUGGUGAUACUGCCACUGACAGUGGGUCCAGACUCGUGCACUGUUGUAUGUCCUACGUGUCACCAAACCGUACAGACAGACGUCAGGGUCGUGUCAACUACCAAGACGCACCUAUCGGCCGUCCUACUAGCCGCCUUUGGAUGCUGCUUAUGCUGCUGGGUCCCGUACUAUGUGGACAGCUUGAGAGCGAAGCACCACUACUGUCCGAACUGUAAGGCUUUCAUAGCCGCUUACGACAGAUAGCUGCCCUGUGAAUCUAAUUAUUAUAUGCUUUGUUACCAGGAGACGAUCUGAUAAUUUAUGACUUCAUGCACAAACUACCUCAUAAUGUCAUCGUUAGGAAACGCUGUUAUGUUAGGUAGAGACAGCAAAACACUGUAUCACUUCAAAACAUAUCGAAGUAACGAUGUGGAGAAAAAAUCUCAAUGGAACUAUCAUGACAAAGUUCAUCUCUGUUGAGGUACUUACUUAGUAACUGGUGACUGCUGAUGUUUACCUGUAGGUCAUUUCAAUGGCUACUUUCAGCAACGUGUGACCACCAGCAGUUGCUUCAGGUGUCAUUCGCAGCGUAAUAAAGUUUUUUCACAAAUUUCUUAUAUUUCUUAUGUGAUCAACGCUACAGUUUUUGAUCUUUUUCAGAUGUUUAUCACAAAUAACGUAAAGCUGAAUUACUAAACGGAAUCAAUUGAUUGUUAAUAUUGUUAUACAUUUAUCAUUAAGGAUAAAAGCUAUUUGAU